UAGUUUAGUACUAAUAUGCAAAUAUCAUAUGUAUACUAAAAUAAAAAUGAAAAGUAUUCAAUGAGCGGUUUAAAGAGAUGCGUAAUAAAUAAAGCAUGUGCGCUUCUUCUGCACGGAUCUUAUAUUCACAUAGCAAAGUUUUGCAGCGAUUACUGGGCGGCGAGACAGCCCCCAAUAAAGUAAUAGAAAUAAAAAGUGAAUCAUUGGGUACACUACAAGUACUGGCACGUGAUGAUGCUAUGGUGUUAUUUGCUCCACCCUUUAAUACAAACGAAAAGAAGGCCUUUUAUGAAAUCGUUCUACAGCGACCAUGUACCGACUCGAAUACUACAUCCUUCAGUUUAUAUCGUUCAACCACGCAAACUGAGGCAGAGGAAAAAUUUAAUACUUUUAUUCAUCGAUUGCCAAUAUUUGUUAGCAUUGUUAAGGAAUUUUACAAUAUUAAUGGCUUGCAAAAAGUUUGUGAUAUUCUUACGGAGAAUCCUGCAUGGUCCUUAACGCAUUUAGUUGCUUAUUUCAAUAUGGUGGAUUACAUUAGUAAUCCUAAAGUUCUUCAAUUUAUCGAUUAUGCUGAUCACGCAAAUCUCAUGUCACCAUUUCAGUUAGCUGUUAAAUGUGGCAAUGUCGAAAUGGUUAAAAUUCUUCUACCACUUUGCAAAAUCGAACAUUUGGAUAACAAUAGCAACUCAGUUUUUCACUACGCCGCAAGUACUACCAAGGAGAUAAUAAAUAUAUUAAGUGAAAAGAGCACUGUAAAUCUCAAUCAUCUUAAUUCUGAUGGUUAUACGCCAUUACAUUUGGCUUGUCUAUCUGAUAAACCAGACUGCGUUGAGGCUUUGUUACUAGCAGGUGCUGAUGUUAAUAUAAGCGCUAGUAAUGUUAGUAAGAUUUACAACACAUCAGCCCCAACUUCAGUUGCCGGUUUUCUUCGUAACAAUACGAAUAAAUUAUAUAAACAAGACAUGAAAUAUGGUGGUACACCUUUGCACUGGUGUUCAUCACGUGAAACACUACAAGCACUUAUCAAUAGUGGUUGUGAUGUAAAUGCAGCCAAUUUUGAUGGACGCACUGCUUUACAUGUCAUGGUGGAACGAAAUCGUUUUGAAUGCGUAGUAACGCUGUUGGCACAUGAUGCUGAAAUCGAUGUUUUUGACAAGCACGGUCAAACUCCGUUACAUAUUGCCAUUCAAAAGAAAUUUGUACCUAUUGUUGAAUGUCUUGUGGUCUUUGGAUGUGACAUUAAUAUCAAAAAUAAAGAUGGUAACAGCCCAAGGCAUAUGGUUGGUACUGAAGCUAAUGGCAGCAAAUCGGAUGAAAUUCUCUAUAUAUUGCAUUCUGUAGGCGCUAAACGUUGUUCAUCUUCAAAUACUAAGUGCCCAUCUGGUUGUAAUGCAAAGGGUACCUAUAAUGGUAUACCACCAGAGGCACCAGAAUCAGUUGAACAGAGAGAACACAUUGAAAACAUGUUAGCUACUACAAGCCGUCAGGCAGUAAUAGGUAUUUUUGGGCCAAAUGCCAAUGGUAUACUAAACGAAGUGAAGCCAGAACAACCAGUGAUUAUAAAUACAGAAAAAGAACAAAAAGGUCAAAGUAUAAUGGAUGCUCUACUAGGUAUGUUUACAUCUAAAGUAAAUGCUGAUUCAAGAAAAGAAUCUCCUGUCGAAAUACUUGGAAGCGAUGGAGAUGUCGUAUCCUUACUAUCCAGUCCUGAAGCUGGCAAUUCACCUUCUUCACCAGUAUCAGAUUCUGCAACUACAAAUAAAGGCGAUAAAGCAUACGGUCGAGGACGUUUACUCUCUCUUGAUGGAGGUGGUAUUCGGGGACUUGUAUUAGUACAAAUGCUGUUAGAAAUUGAAAAACUAUCACAAACACCAAUUAUUCAUCUUUUUGAUUGGAUUGCUGGUACUAGCACUGGUGGUAUUUUAGCACUUGGUUUAGGCUGUGGUAAAACUAUGCGCCAAUGUAUGGGCUUAUACCUACGCAUGAAGGAGCAGUGCUUUGUUGGUUCUAGACCAUAUCCCAGUGAAUUGUUCGAAUCAAUAUUAAAAGAUAACAUGGGAGAAUAUACAGUUAUGACUGACAUAAAGCAUCCAAAAAUAAUGGUUACCGGUGUUAUGGCGGAUCGGAAACCAGUGGAUUUGCAUCUAUUUCGAAAUUACACAAGUGCUAGUGAUAUUCUUGGUAUCGUCACACCAAUUACUAAUCGUAGAGUACCGCCACCUCAACCAGAGGAUCAACUUAUUUGGCGAGCUGCAAGAGCAACAGGUGCUGCUCCAUCAUACUUUAGAUCCUUUGGGCGUUUUCUAGAUGGUGGAUUAAUUGCAAAUAAUCCAACAUUGGACGCAAUGACUGAAAUACAUGAAUACAACAUGGCGUUAAAAAGUGUUGGACGUGGAGCUGAAGCUGUGCCGAUAUCAGUUGUUGUUUCGCUUGGCACAGGCCUGAUACCAGUUACUGAACUAAAAGAAAUUGACGUUUUUCGUCCGGAAAGUAUAUGGGAUACUGCAAAACUAGCAGCUGGUUUAUCAACAAUUGGCAAUUUACUAAUUGAUCAAGCAACGGCCUCAGAUGGACGUGUUGUAGAUCGUGCACGUGCGUGGUGCAGUACUAUUGGCAUCCCAUAUUAUCGUUUUAAUCCACAACUUUCUGAUGAUAUUGCUAUGGAUGAGAAAAGUGAUCAAAAACUUAUAAAUAUGCUUUGGCAUGCAAAAGCCUACAUUCACAGUAAUCGUAAUAAAAUAAUAGAAAUGAUCAAUUUUCUUAAGUAGCAUAAAAGACUAAUUAAGGCCGUUAAGAUUUAAAAAUUACAUUCUUUAACUUUUUAUAUGCACAUAUAAGUUUUCUUAAAAAGUUGAUUGAAUAGAAAAGAAGCUAAGAUGGGGAAAAAUGCGGUCUUAAUUUAUUAGGAAUCAGUUAAGUCUAAACAAUGAAGCGUUGACUGGUAUGCGCGAAAAAGUCUUGAGACAAAAUUGAAUACUAGAUUUUUUUAGAUUUUUAAAGAACUUAAGUUGAUAAUCUAUCAUAAAUUUUAUACAAAUUGAAACACCACCAACAGUUAGGUAUCUUUUAUAUAGAAAUGGAAUUUAACAGAUGCUGUAAUAUUUAACAAUACAUUAAAAGUUAACUAGAUUUUGAUAUUAUUUAUUUUUUAGAAAAUGUCUCUCUUUAGUUGUAUGUUCAUUGAGUAAUGAGAACCAAAUAGUUAUUAAAAAUAUAAAAUUACCAAAUUUUAAAAGCUCUUAUAAGCUAAUAAUUAUGAUACUAAUGUGAAAUUUUUAAAAGAUAUAGUUCAAAAAACAUUAUGUUACUUUUAUCAACCAAUUUAAACUUAUACUUAAAUAUAAUAGCUUUGUUAGUAUUUCAAUGUAUUGAAU